AUGACUGAAAAUGAUAAGCUUCUCGUUAUAACACACACACUCAAAUUAAACAAUGAAGGCUCUCCACAUACAAUAACUUUUUAUCAUGAUUCACUGUCUGUAAAAGGUCAUGAUAAUAAAAUUAGAAUCUCGUAUUUUAAUUUAAAAAAACUUAAAUUCUCAAAAGAAUAUGUUAAACUUGUUUUAAAAGGUGAAAAUGUUCUUAAAAUACCAACAACACCAACCGAACAAAAGAAAUUACGUGAAAUAUUUGCUUCUAAAAUAUCAUUUGAAGAAUCUACGAAUAAAAAACUAAAAGGUGUUGCUUUAGUUAAAUUAGCAGAUUUAAGAACAUUCAUUUUAAUUUACAGUUAUGACAUUUAUAAACUCAAAAAGGAAAUUAUAACAAAAAUAAGUGAAAAGUUUUUUCCCGCUUUCACAAUUAACACAAGUGAUAACAAUCAACUUGAUAAACUAAUUUUAUAUGCCAAAUGUAAUAACGAAAUGAUUAAGUUAAAUUCAAACGAUGAUUUAAAAGCCUGCUUAAAAUUCUGUAAAAGAAAUAUUUUACUAGAAAUAAAAGAAAUUUGA